UUCAAUCACACACAAUCAAUCAAUCCCCCCCAAAUUACAAACCCUAGAAUUCCAAUUCCCCUCAAUGGCACCAAAGGCAGAGAAGAAGCCCGCCGAGAAGAAGCCGGCAGAAGAGAAAGCACCGGCGGAGAAGAAGCCAAAGGCAGGCAAGAAACUGCCAAAAGAAGCCGGAUCUGCAGCCGCUGAUAAGAAGAAGAAGAGAACGAAGAAGAGCGUGGAGACGUACAAGAUCUACAUCUUCAAGGUGCUGAAGCAGGUUCAUCCUGACAUCGGAAUCUCCAGCAAGGCCAUGGGAAUCAUGAACAGUUUCAUCAACGACAUAUUCGAGAAACUCGCUCAGGAGAGUUCGAGGCUUGCAAGGUACAACAAGAAGCCCACCAUCACGUCUCGGGAGAUCCAGACUGCCGUACGCCUUGUUCUUCCCGGUGAAUUAGCCAAACAUGCUGUUUCUGAAGGCACGAAGGCGGUCACCAAAUUUACCAGCUCUUAGAGCGUUUGUUGUUUUUGAAUAUGUUCGUAUAAUCUGAUGGAAUCUGAUAGAGAUAGGGUUUCAAUCUUUUGAUGAACGUAUAAUAGUUGUUAGUUUUUGAUUUUAUGGUGAUAAACUUUCUGAAUCUGGAUCCGUUUGAAUCAAUUUAUCUGGUGCAAAGAAUAUUGAAUAUGGUUGUUAUUAUUUUGUUCAA